GAAACGUCAUCCUUCCAGCGGCGGCGCGGCGCUGCUCCACGUUCAUUCACCCGGCGCGCGCUGAGAAAUCAGGGAAUUUGCUGCGUUUUUUUUAUUGAAUGCAACCUCGCUGAAAGAUGCAGAGACCGGGAGCCGCUGUGUGUCUGAGCCCCUGGCUCGUGCUGGCGCUCGGCUGGGCGCUGAGCGGGGCCGCGGCUGCGGACGGGCUGCUGAAUGAGGAGGUGAAGCGGACGGUGGAUCUCAGCACUCACCUCGCCAAGGUUUCCUCCGAGAUCCUGCUGGCCAACCAGGGGAGCAGCCCGGUGCACAGCUUCACCCUGGCGCUGGAGCCGGAGCUCGGGCCGCACCUGGCUUUUAUCGGGGCUUCUGUCAAAGGUGAGGAAGAGGAGGAUGAAGCUCUGGAGCUGAAGGAGACUGCUCUCCAAGGAAGAAGUGGUACAUUCUUCCAGGUGCAGCUGCCCUCUGCUCUUGCCGCUGGUGGAAAGCUGCGGGUAAAGGUGGAGACAGUGCUGUCCCAUGUGCUGCGCCCGUUCCCCACACACAUCACCCAAGCUGAGAGGCAGCUGGUGGUUUUCCAGGGGAACCAUUACCUGUACUCUCCAUACCCCACCCGCAGCCAGACCACCCGUGUGCGUCUGGCCUCCAAAAAUGCUGAAAGUUACACCAAACUGGGCAACCCUAGCAAGAACGACGAAGUGAUUGAGUACGGCCCGUUUAAAGAUGUCGCUCCUUUCAGCCAGGACACCAUGAAGAUCCACUAUGAGAACAACUCGCCCUUCCUCACCAUCAGCAGCAUCACCCGCACCAUCGAGGUUUCUCACUGGGGCAACAUCGCUGUGGAGGAGACCAUUGACCUGAGACACACUGGGGCUUACCUGAAGGGACCUUUCUCCCGAUACGAUUACCAGAGACAGUCCGACAGUGGCAUCUCCUCUGUCAAGUCUUUUAAGACUAUUCUCCCUGCCUCGGCUCAGGACGUGUACUACCGUGACGAGAUCGGCAACAUCUCCACCUCCCACCUGCAGGUUCUGGAAGACUCUGUUGAGGUUGAAGUCCGGCCACGCUUUCCCCUUUUUGGAGGCUGGAAGACUCAUUAUAUUAUCGGCUACAAUCUGCCCAGCUAUGAGUAUCUUUAUACCUUGGGUGAUCAAUAUGCUUUGAAAAUGCGCCUGAUUGAUCACGUCUAUGAUGACCAAAUUAUUGAUCACAUGACUGUCAAGCUGAUUCUUCCAGAGGGAGCCAGGAACGUACAUUUGGACACCCCGUACUCCAUCGACCGUUCUCCUGAUCAGCUGCACUACACUUACCUAGAUACAUUUGGGAGGCCUGUGCUCGUCGCCACCAAGAGUAACCUGGUGGAGCAGCACAUUCAGGACGUGGUGGUUCACUACACCUUCAACAAGAUCCUGAUGCUGCAGGAGCCUUUGUUGGUGGUUGGGGCUUUCUACAUCCUCUUCUUCACAGUCAUCAUUUACGUUCGCCUUGACUUUUCUAUCACUAAGGAUCCAGCUGCAGAGGUGCGUAUGAAGGUGGCCUCCAUCACGGAGCAGGUCCUGACCCUGGUCAACAAGAGGCUUGGGCUCUACAGGCAGAUGGAUGAAGUGGUGAACCGCUAUAAGCAGUCUCGAGACACGGGGGCCCUUAACAGUGGCCGCAAGACUCUGGAGGCAGAGCAUCGUAACCUCACCAACGAGAUCGCAGCCCUGCAGGCCCGGCUCAAAACCGAGGGCUCCGACCUGGCUGAAAAGGUGGGUGAGAUCCAGAAGCUGGAUGGCCAAGUGAAGGACCUGGUGUGCCAGUCCUGCCAAGAAUCAGAGCGGCUGGUGGCGGGUAAGGUGAAGAAGGAGACGUACAUCACAUCUGAGAAAACGCUGAGCGGCAAGAAGCAGGAGCUCAUUUCACGCAUCGACAGCCUCCUCGACGCUCUGUAAAACAUACCACACACACAUUCUCUCACACACACACACACACAGUACAGUAACAUGGUGAUUAAGAGUCGUAAGGCUACACAUUACAACUAUGACCUGACCCCUUCCACACAAACACAUGUUCAUUGGCAUACACACACACUUGGUGUUGGGUUUACUAUCAAAUUCAAGUGAGCACAGCCUCCUUGAUGAGUGUGUGUUUUGGUGCCUCAUUCAACCUCUAGGCUGGCUGUGUGAGAGGGCUUCUCAAAAAAAAACGUCCGGAGAGAUGCUUAAUUUGUCCAACAAUGAGAUUUGCUUUUUUGUGAGAUUUUUUUUUUGUUUUCUUAUUGGCUUAUAAAAAACGUUUGUUUUCAGGGUUUUUUGGAAGCAUUUCAUUCAUUCAACUCAUUCCCAGUUUAUUCCGUUGAGUUUUUAUAUAUGGGGGUUUGUCCCUGGCUCCUCUGUUCCUUGUCUAUUUGGCACUUACUUUAAGAAAACCAACAUACAAAGUUUUGCUCUACUUCGCCCUAAACAAACGCAAAAAUACUGAAGCUCUGAAGAUGCACGAUGGCCUGUCUCUGACGUCAGACUUUCUCCUCUACAGUUUCUGUUAAAUUGUUUUCUUGCAUUUUUGUAUGAUUUUCACUUUUUGUAAAUGAUCCAUGAGAUUGAAGAUGUACCAUAGGAUUGUCCGUCUCUGGAAAGGGAGAGACAUGGAGAAUGCUGACGACUUCCUCCAGUGUCAAAAGUUUGGAAACUGAAAUUAAACACGGUUGUUAUAAA